UGCAUUUCCAACGUUGAAGAUGGCAGCGCGAUGGAUCGCCGAGGCGCUCGGGUCGCUCGUCCAGGACACUAAGGACUACAUCGUGGCGUCGGUGUGGGCCACUGAUGCGCGGGAACCAGACGACGACGACGCCUCUGACGUGCCGGUCAAUCUGGUCAACACCCUUGAACCGGGUAUUGACUACUCGCCAAUUCUGGAAACACUUGCACAAGCAACGCUUCCCGUGGAGUCACCAUGUGCUUCACACAAAGACCUUCUCCAGACCAUCUCCCUCACUGUCACGAGUCCGUUGCCAUUGCCCCUCGCCGAUUCUUCCCUUCCACCAUCCUACACGAUCCACGUCUUCAACCGAAUCACGAAUGCCCGUGCGAACGUUGCCAAAACCGACGAGGAAUUUGAGAAAUUGCGAUUAGAUGUUUGCGCGGCUUUGGCCUAUGGGCAUGUAUGCGAUGGCGUUUGUCCGUGGUUCUUCUUCGACCUCCAGUCCAAAACCCCUUCGCAACCCAUGUUGGAGUCAUGGGGCUUCCACUCACGGUACCAUCCAGCUGUGUUGGCGGCGAAGGUCGAGACCCAUGAAGGCCUUCUUCAUGACCUGAUGCAAUUUGUUCGAUGGCGGCAUCGACAAACAUGUACGCACGCCACGGAGAGCGUACCUCGCCUCGUUGUGGACUUUAUCUUGCGUGACGUGGACAACCCCAAGUUGUAUGUUCAUCGACCUGCGAAAGGCGGCUCGACAACCAAUGCAUUGGUCACAGUGCCCCCUUGCAUCGUGACAUGUGCGCUGUGUACGCAAGCGAAAGAGGUCGCUGACUAUGGUGUGACAUGCCUCCCAUGUGGCCACGUGUUCCACGACGAAUGCAUCGUGGAGGCUUUGAACCAACAGCUUUCGUGUCCGACGUGUCGUGCAACUGGCGUUGUCACCCCGCCACCGGUGUCCAGGCACGGCGUAGCACCUUCUGCAGCUUGAGGAGUCGCUCUUUGAACCACCUAAUGCACGCUGCAUGAUGAACAUCC